CUCGGCAAUCACUGCAGAGGAGGACGGAGAUUUUACGCGGCUGUUAAUCCUUCAAUCAACUGCGCAGGAAGAGUCUGUUGUGAUUCAACGUCAUCCGAAGAAAAAGGAAAUGGCUUCUCACACUGAGGAAGAUCUCUCCUGUCCGAUUUGCAAAGACAUCUUUAAGGAUCCUGUCGCCUUAUCGUGCAGCGGCAGCCACAGCUUCUGUAGAGCCUGUGUGCAGACCUGGUGGGAGGAGAAGCUCAUAAAUGAGUGUCCAUCCUGUCAGGAAAGGCCUUUGCCGAGCCAUCUGCCUCCAAAUCAGGCCUUAAAGGAGCAGUGCGAGGCUUUUCUCCUGAGGAACCGUCAGUCAGCGUCUGCAGGGUCGACGGUUCGCUGCAGGCUCCACUCAGAGAAACUCAAACUCUUCUGCCUGGACCACCAGCAGCCGGUGUGUGUGAUCUGUCGAGACUCCAAAACACACAGCAACCACAGGUUCAGGCCCGUCGACGAGGCUGCGGAGGACCAGAGGGAGGAGCUCCGGACGUCCCUCAGACCUCUGAAGGACAAACUGCAGCUUGUCCGAGACGCUCAAGCAGAAAACGCUCUGAUGGGAAAACACGUUAAAGUCCAGGCUCGACACGCAGAGAGACAGAUUCAUGAGCAGUUUGAGAGGUUUCAUCAGUUUCUACGUGAGGAAGAGGAGGCCAGGACGGCCGCUGUGAGGGAGGAAGAGGCGCAGAAGAGUCAGAUAAUCAGAGAAAGGAGAGAAGCUCUGCACAGAGAGAGAUCAGCUCUGUCAGAAACCAUCAGAUCCUGCGAGGAGAAGCUGAGAGCUGCAGACAUCCUGUUCCUGCAAAACUGCAAGGCUGCAGUGGAAGAGGUGCAGCAGCGCCCCCUGCUGGAGGAUCCACAGCCGUCCUCCGCAGCUCUUCUAGACGUGGCCAAACAUCUGGGCAACCUGAGCUUCAACAUCUGGGAGAAGCUGAAGGAGAAAGUCUCCUACAGUCCCGUGGUCCUGGACCCGAACACGGCUCACCCGGCGCUCCACCUGGCUGACGACCUGACCGCCGCGAGCCAAGGGGAGACGCAGAUCCUCCCCAAAAACCCCGAGAGGCUGGAGCGCUACUGCACCGUCCUGAGCUCCGGGGGCCUCGACUCGGGGGCCCACAGCUGGGUCGUGGAGGUCCGGGACUCCGAGGACUGGGCCCUGGGUGUGGCGGCUCCCGGGACCCCGGGGGCCCACUGGCACGCCGCGUCCAGACUGUGGCUGAUCCGACGUCUCAGCGGCAAGUUGGAGGCCAUGUCUCCGUUAGUUCUCCACAAGCUUCUCCAGGUGAAGAGGGAGAAGCUGCAGAGGGUCAGAGUUCAUCUGGACUGGGACGCAGGGAAGCUGUCGUUCUCCGACGCCGACGCCGACACGCACAUUUACACCUUCACACACACUUUCACCGAGAAGCUGUUUCCCUACUUCAGCAACAACGACAAGCAGCAGCUGAAAAUAUUACCGGAGAAGAUCUGAGCAGCUCGAACGCAGCUUCAUGAGAGACGAGGACGGGAAGUUUAACCAAUCCCAGCAACCCUAAACCCCAGAGGGCAUUUAUCAAAACACAGCUGCUUUCUUUCUUUUACUUUAACAUUAAAACACAUUUAAAUGCACAAAUAUUCAUGUUUGAAAGGCUUUAACUCUUUAGUUCUCAAUAAAAGGUACUAUUUCACAGUUAACCUCCAAGGAGCACAGGAUUACAAUAUUUUUUUAAAAUGGGAUCAUUUAGUUACUUUUUUCCUGUAUUUAUGCAACAGCAGUUUGCAGCCAUGUCUUUAAAGCUAAUCCAUUUGGGAUAUUUUUGUUAUAUUUGGUGUGUGAUGCUGCUUUAUGUGAGAGAGACUUUAAAAUACAUUGUUUUAAAUCUGAUAACUCUUACUUUUCCAUUUUGUUUACAGUUGCUUCAGCUCCAUUCAUUCUCCUCAAUGUGUUUUUUUAAUAGUCAAAAUGUGUCUCAAUAUUCUGGUUUUUUGGUUUUUUAUUUGAAUGUUUCUUUGGUUUCUGUAAAACAUUUAUCUGAAUUACUUGGUGCCGCUGUGAAUAAAUCAUCCGUUACCGGUUUACCUCCAUAUUGUCUCAAUCUGUAAUCAUCACAACAUCUUCCAACAUGAAAUGUGAGGAAACGUGAAACGAGAGGGGUUGGAUAUGAUCAUUGUGAAAAGUAUAAUCGAAUUUGUCAUUGAGGCAUUCACUCACAUUUUUAGUCUAUCAUUAACCACGGGAGUUUUCCCUGAUAAAAUG